UUUUAGAUGUUUGUCAUAUACCAUUCAUCCGGCAAAAUUUGAAAUAGGACAAAUGUAAUACUGUUAGAAAGAAAAGGAUCCGAAGAAGGAAAAGUAAAAAGUCUGUCUUCUGUUCUAUUCUAUUCGUUUUUGAAUAAUUUGACAAAAAUCUUCUUUGUUAAAGUCCUGUGUAUUUUUAAAAUAUGUCCUCAAGUGAAGAAAAUUGCUCCAAUCAAUAUUCAGAGAAUUCUGCUUAUUGUACAGUUGUAAAUUGUAAAACGAAUAUGGAUACAAACGGAUAUGCUGAAGACAAACUUUUACCAUUACCGUUCUCAACCAAAGAUCACCAUAAAACCAUUCUAUCCUAUCACAAACUGAAGAUAAGUUUCAUGUGUAUGUUGAUUCUGAAUGCCUUACUGUUAGUGGUGGUGGUAAUCUGUAUGCUGAUGAUUGUACCAAAUAUCUCAACAAUGGACGAUAAAACACCGCCACAUACUUCAGAUAAAUUACAGGAUCACGUGACAUGUCUAUCAAUAAAGAAUAAGCUUAACAGACUCUACAGAAACGGUCAAAUGGUAGAGAAUGUGAAAGAUGACGAUAAAUGUUCUAUGGAAGAUCUGAUGGACUCAUUCGUCCAACAUGUCGAAGAUGUAAUGCAAAAGAAUAAAUCACUGGAUUCUGCUGCAUUCCAUUUAGUGACAAAUAACACCUAUACGGACAGAUGCCAAGACAGCAAAACAUUACAUUGCUUGAAGAAUUGGAAACUAUCAAUGAACACAACUAAAAUCUCCGUGAAAGAUGAAAUUAUAGAAGUACCUUCCAGUGGGCCAUAUUUCUUGUACAGUCGUGUUGUAAUUAAUGCCAAGGUUAACAGUCAUGUGAAUGAUAUGGAAACAAUCACCCAUUCCAUCCGAUCUAGUAACACAGGACACCAUUUCUCUGACGUCGAAACAAGUAUGGUUAAAUGUGGUGUCAUAAAGAAUACAAUGAGCCAUAUCAGUAACAUUGAGAAGAUACAGUACCUAGAGCAAGGCACUCAAAUUAAAGUAGCUCUAGACUUUCCAAAAGACAUUAUAAUGCAACCCUCGGUUAAUUCAGGUGCGUUUGGAAUGUUUAAACUUUGAAACUAUUUGAAAGCAGGGAGAAUGUUAGAAAGAGCUCCUAUAUUACCCAUUGAAUUCGAGAAAUCUAUUGCUUGUAUAAAGCUAAAAGAUCUACGUAAUGUCCAACAAAGAGAUUUUAUACCAUUAACAUUUAAAUAUGAGCCAAAGUCUUACCCCAAAUACGUACUUUUCAUAUUUAUAUUGUAUGAGAAUGAAUACGGGGACACAAUAUAAUUUUUAGGGUAAGGUAUUAGCUCAUAUCAAAUGUUGACAAAAAGUGUCUUUUGUGUGACAUCAAAAUUGACAAUUUUGUCAAUAUAGCUUUUCCAUAACAUAUAUGACUUGAAGACAUGAUGAUCGGUAAUAAUACCGUGAUCAGAUGGGUUGAUAAGUGUUACUUUGCUAAACGUUCACCGGAAAAUAGUUCAAGCAUUUUCAGGUCGAGAACACAUAAACAAUGGAUACAAUAUGUGGGAAGUGAAAAGUGUCUCUCGACCAGGAUAGAGGCCGAGAAGUAUGCACUGUUACUGAAAAAAUGAGGGUAUGUUUCUCAGGGAUAGAUAUUAUCAUUUAGAAAAGUGCCCUUUAACAUCGGGUGUAUCGUCCCUAUUCCAAACAGUCGUCAUGGCUGCGUACUGAAACAUUCCGCGCAGCCAGAGCGGGUUAUGUCCAAUUCACGACCGUUUGAUUAAAACUAUAUGAUCAAAAUUGCAUUCUAAUCAAUGACUUCUACAUAUAUAAUUUCGUUUUACGUGUCAUUGAAUGUUUGCCGAAAUCGUUUGAAACAAGUUAUAUUGUGUAAAUAAGAUAUAUGACAUUUGUACGUAAAGCUUUUGCAGGCAGCUGACAUAACAUCAUGUACUCUUUUUUUAUCACAACAGCAUGAGACUAUCGUGUAUUUAAAUUUGUGUGAUGCGAUAACACUUUGUACAUCAUGGUUUUAUUGUGAGGUAUUUGUUUUACUGCUAUGAAGUCGCAGUUAUCAAGACUAGGACUUUGUAUCAACAGGUUACUAAAGAAAGUAUUUAGAGAGUUAAAAUCAGGACUUGCUGGCAUUGUUGAUAAAGCUGGAUAACGUUUUAGUCGUGUUGGUAUAAAAUAGUUACCAUAUAUUGUAUAUUGUACACGAGUAAAACUUGUUUAUAAUAGCUCACAACAGAUUGGAUAACAUUGAUAACCUCUAAAACUCUGAUGUCGGUUGUUUUAGUCCAAUAUGAGCAUGUUUCAUUGACCAAUGAUACCCCACAUAUCCUCCAUCCGAAUAUCGAAAAAUUACAUAUGUAGCUUUCAUCAUAUUUUCAUAAAUGAAGUCAAUUAAACAGAUCUUGCUCAAUAAACAUGUCCUUUAACGGUAUCUUAAUUAUAUAAAGUGAUGGAUAUGAAGAAAAAUAUAAGAAACAAAAUCCAGCAUGAAAUAAAUAAAUAAAUAAAUAAAUAAAUAAUCUUUAUUUCAAGAGGAUGAUCCCAUUAGUUAAAACUAAUCUUCCUGAGAGUCCUCAAAAUAAUAAUAACAUAGUUAUAAGUACAAACAGUAUAAUAAAGUUAUAUUAUACACAAUAUACAAUUGUAUUGAGAUAAUAAUGAAAAUGCAUAUUAAUUUGCACAAUUGAUGAAAAAUUUGUAACAUUUUGUUUUAAAAGAUACAAGUGUAUCACUCAUUUUGAUUUCAUUUGGUAAACUGUUCCAUAUUUGAGAACCUGAAUUUGUAAAUGUUUUCUUUAAAAAAAUUGUUUUUGGUUUUGGAAGAUUUAAUAGUUUUUCAUCAGCUGAACGUAAGUUAUAGUUUUGAUUAUUAGUAAAAUGAAAAUUUUCUUCUAAAUAGUUAGGAACCAUGCCAUUAACUGAUUUAAAUACAAGUAUUGCCUUUUGGUAUUGAAUUCGUUUUUCCACAUUUAACCAGUGUAAACUUUUAAACAAUAAACUGGAUGAUGUCAUUAUGUCAGCUUCUACUAUAACCCUAGCAGAUUUCUUUAAUAAUUUAUUAAGUUUAUUUAUUCCACUUUCACAACAACUUCCCCAUAUAUUGCAACAAUAAUCAAAUAAUGGCAGAAUAUAAGCAUUAAAAUAGAUAAUACGUAUAUGCAUAGGUAAAUAUUUUCUUAUCUUUUGUAAUAAGUUGAUUCUAUUUGAUAUAGUAAUUGACAUUUUAUCUAUUUGCUGAUUCUAAUUUAAGUUUUUGUCAAUAUAUAAACCAAGUAGUUUUUCACAAUCUACAUGAAGCCGUCACAACGUUUAUUUUGUCGUCUUGGAUCUCUAUCAACGCUUCAUGUUAACCCUUGUUGGUUGCUACUGAAAAACGGAAUGCACCGACUGCUCUUAUUUUCGUAUCAUUGAACCGUAACUGUAGCUAGCAAGAACUUAAUAAUCUUAAUACUUUUAAUCGUUCUCUGUAGAUGGAUUUUUUAGAAAACGCAAUUUGAAGUGAAUGUUUAUUUUUAGACGUACAACAAAUGUUAUGUUCAAUGAGGCAUUUUAUAAGUUAUAGUUGACAGUAUUUUUGGAUUUAUAUUAUCUGCAUAGAUUAAGGUGCAUUUCAAUGAUUUUUUUAUGUACAUUAUUGCAUAAUAUAUUUUAUUCAUAAAUUGUAGAUUCCUUCAUUUCUCUUGUAUCAAAAAAGGUAAUUUCCCUAUGAAUGAUGUUUUCGUUGAAUCUGUAUAUAAAUAGACACUUCCUUUUGUGUAUUCUAAAAUGAGAUCAAAAUAUUAAUACCUGGAGUAACAUUACCUGUAUCUGUUCCAAUAAUCAGACCACUGGGACAGAUAAUAUCGAAACAAAUUUAAAAUGACUCACCGGAAAAGUUUUACUUAGAUGUACUCGUACUGAGAAGUUUGUAUUUUUAAAGAAUCCAAUCAUACUUGUGUAUGGACGUAAAGUAAUUUUCAGUUUUUAUUAAAGAGAUACGAUAAAAUAAAAUAUAUAAACAUAAAAUAAAAUGUCGUCAAAUUGAGGCCAACAAUCAAAGCACAGAUAGAUAAUUUGAUUUUCAAAGUCUGCAAGUACCACAUGAGAUUAAUAUAUUACUAAGUUACUAUAUCAUGUAAAUAUAUGUUUUGUUUUAUAAUUAUUAACUCUAUAAUUCAUGUUUCAUACGCUUUUCAAGUUGACUUUAUUUCCUUGAUUUACAUGUAUGUAUUUAGUUGAAUUUUCUAUAGUACUUUUAAAAUUCACAAAACUAACAGCCAAUGAUUGUUUGUAAUUAGAACCUGUUACUAUAUAUAGUUGCAGUACUUAAAAUAAAACCAGACAACUUUAUCUCGGGAAAUCUCUGUAAGCAUAUGAUUUUUCCCUGAGAAGGUAAAUAAAGGUCUGUGAUGAAAACUUGCUUCUGGUUCAAGUACAUAACUAAGUGCAAAUUAAUUCAACGACGUGUGUUAUGCAUUACUAUAAUAUAUAUUCCUAUGAAUCUAUUAUGUCAUAUAUAUUUCUGCCGCACGUUCAAGUUGUACUGCACCGAGUGACACGUACUGUAAUCUUAUCUUGGUGCUUUAAAUCUGUUUUAACUACCUGUAAAACAGCUUUCUAUGUAGAAAACAAAGAGAAAACACACUGAUUACCUGAAGAUUAUGAUUCAGAAAGACAUUGUGGUUUGACGUGAAAACUGUUAUACCUAUUCCGGUGUGGUUUGUGGCGACGAAAGAUUUUUAUGUACUUCCAUCACUAAAGUUUUUUAAUGCUAUCUUAUAAGGUUAUUAUAAUACGCCGUUUUUAUCAGUAUUAAAUAAAAGAUUUUAAAUCAAAUAAUGUACAGAAUAGAAAUAAAUAUUUUAUAUAGAUUUCUUUGUUGAAUAAAAAUGCAAUAUUUA